AUGACACCUUCAAAGUCUCGAUUUUUUCGACAACAUAGAAGCUUAAGUGUUGCAGUCCAGAGGCGUCUUGAGCUUAAUGAUUCUGCAGGCAUUCGGUUGACAAAGAGUGUACGAUCUAUUGCUAUAGAAGAGGGUGGAUACGAGAAUAUGGGUUGUUUGGCAAGUGAUUGCAGGAGACAUGUGCAGAAUGCAAGAAAUUUGCGGUUAGGUGAGGGGGAUGCUAGGGCGAUGUUGAAGUUAUUUGAGAAUAUGAAAAAGGAAAAUGAAGACUUCUUUUAUGCUUAUGAUUUUGAUGAUGAUGGAAGGCUAACAAAUGUGUUAUGGGUUGAUGCUAGAAGUAGAGCAGCAUACAAGGAAUUUGGCGAUGUUAUUACAUUCGACACAACAUAUUUGUUGAACAAGUAUAACAUGCCAGUAGCUCCCUUUGUUGGUAUAAAUCAUCAUGGUCAAUCAAUAUUGUUUGGUUGUGCUCUUGUGAGCAAGGAGGAUACAGAAACUUUUGUGUGGCUCUUUAGUAGAUGGUUGGAAUGCAUGAAGUCACCUCCGGCUACGGUGAUAACAGAUCAAUGUCAAAGUAUGAGAAAUGCAAUUGAAAAAUUUUUUCCCGAUGCUAGGCAUCGUUGGUGUAUUUGGCAUAUUCUGAAAAAGGUGCCUCAAAAGUUGGGGAGUCAUGAUAUGUUUGAUGAAUUGUGCAACACAUUGAAGAAGUGUGUGUAUGAGCCUUUGAGUAUAGAAGAGUUUGAGGAAUCAUGGAAGAACAUGAUAAUUGAGUUUAACUUGGAGAACAAUGAAUGGUUGGAAGAGUUGUACCAAUUGGCUCCAAAAUGGAUUCCGGUGUUUGUGAAUGAUACUUUUUGGGCUGGAAUGUUGUCUACUCAAAGAAGUGAGGGCAUGAAUGCAUACUUUGAUGGGUACUUAAAUCCAACAUCAACAUUGAAGCAAUUCUUGGAACAAUAUCAAGUCGCCUUGAAGGAUAAAAUUGAGAAGGAGAUGUUGGCUGAUUGUCGUAGUUGUGUAGCACCAAUUCAAUGUGCAUUGUCAAUGGAAUUUGAGGAACAAUUUCAAUGUAUAUACACCAAUGAGAAGUUUGAAGCCGUGCAAGAACAAUUGGUAGCUACAGUACAUUGUUUUGAGAAAGUUGAAGAUAUUGAUGGUGAGAGAACUACCUAUCUUGUUCAAGAUAGAGGUCGUGUUCUUUAUGAUAGGCUGAAGAAAAGGGAGUUCAAGGUGAUAUAUGAUCAGAAUAGUGGAGAUGUUUCAUGCAAUUGUCGAAUGUUUGAGUUCAAAGGAAUUCUUUGUCGUCAUAUUUUUCAUGUUUUGAUGAGAAACGAAGUGGAAGUCAUUGAUGCAAAGUAUAUAACUCAAAGAUGGAGGAAGGACAUAUGUCGAGUAUAUUCCAAGAUUAAGGUUGGUUAUGUAGGAGAGGUUUCUAGUGGUGAGAUGGAUAGAUUUGCAUACUUGGAUAAAAGAUUGAAGAGAUUGGCUAAUAGUGCUUCUGAGCAUGAUGGAAAAUUCCAGCAUCUUGUCAAUUGCAUUCAUGAAACUGAGAAGUUGUUUGAUGAGUGGGAAGAUGAGGUACCAUCAUCACAAGAAGCCACUUUUGUUAGUGGUGAUCAAUGCUUGGACAGCUCAAGAGCUCUUGCAGUUUUGCAAGACCCAGUUGUUGCACAAACACGAGGACGACCAAAGAGUAAGAGAAUUCCCAGCUCAUGGGAAGGAAGAAAGAAAAAGAGUAAGAGAGCAAGAACAACAUUCCAAACUCCUACUAUGAAAACUAGUGAGGUAAGAUAA